CUCUAAGAACCAGUGUAGUAUAGAGAACGAGCGUGGCAUCGCGCGCCGUUUUCUCAACUUGUACAUACCAAAGUUCUUUUAAUAUAAUUAAUUUAGUGAUGUCAGUGAAUUGAAACUUUAAACUUGGUACAGUACAAAUAAACAUGAAGUGCCAAAUUGCUGUGUUGUGUUUGUCCCUUCUGUGGAGUUACGUAGUUUCAGAAUCAUGCCAGACGCCUCUCGGUGCUACGAGCAAAUGUGUUUCGCUCUAUGAUUGUAAGGAACUGGUCAGUGCGUUUGAGACCCGACCGUUGCCAAAUUCUGUCGUCAGUUUCCUCCGGCAGUCUCAGUGUGGGUUCGAGGGCUACGUGCCAAGAGUCUGCUGCGGACCUUUGCCCUCUACGAGACCUACUACUACGAUGCCUCCAAGGACAACGAGGGCACCUGUCGCUACUGGAGUUAUAGACCCCUUGGUUCCGGAGGACUCAUUCCCCGCGCCUCAGGAUAAGUGCGGCAUUGAUACAAACGGUGACAGAAUAUACGGUGGACAAUUCACGGACUUAGAUGAAUACCCCUGGAUGGUCCUUAUGGGAUACUUAACAAAGGAAGGAAAAAUGUCUUAUCAAUGUGGUGGGGUUUUAAUAAACCACCGGUACGCGCUGACUGCUGCUCACUGUGUCAUAGGUGAAAUAGAAAAUGCUGUCGGUAAACUGACAUCUGCUCGCUUAGGUGAAUAUGACAUUCAAACUGAUGUCGACUGCAUUGACAAUGAAUGCGCGGAACCUUACCAGGAACUUCCUGUCAUGUCAGCCCACCCCCACCCCGGUUUUGUUGACGGAAAAAUCAACAGAGAAGAUGACAUUGCCAUAGUGAGAUUCACUCAGCGCGCUAAGUAUAGUUUCUUUGUGCAGCCUAUCUGCUUGAUUGAUCCCAACUUGCGUCUGGCUGAAGGCUCUGAUGUAUACGUUGCUGGCUGGGGAAAAACCUUGCUCGGAACCCGCAGUCCAGUAAAACUAAAGCUCGGUAUGCCAAUAUUUAAUACAAAUAAAUGUUUCGAGAAAUACAAGAAGGUUGGCGCCGAUUUAACGGAUAAACAAAUCUGUGCUGGUGGCGCGUUCGCAGAAGACGCUUGUCGUGGGGAUUCUGGUGGACCGUUGAUGCGAAGGAGACCAAAUGGUGUUUGGGAGUCAGUGGGUGUGGUUUCCUUUGGAUAUGGUUGCGGUCGGGAUGGAUGGCCCGGCGUCUACACAUCGGUUGCGAAAUACUUGCCUUGGAUAAAGGAAACUAUACGCUCUACCAACGUUUAAAUUAAAAAAAUAAUUACGUCAUUAAUGUGACGACGUAUGACGAGAAACAAUUUCCUGUACAGUACAUGAAUUAACAACAGUUUCUUCUGUAUAACAACACGUUAAAAAUAGUCUUAAUAAAAAAUGAAAAAAAAA